GUUGGUGAUCCGGGUGUUAAAGAAAGCUUGAUUGAAAGGUUGAAAAAUAGUUCUCGACAAAUGCGUUACAAGCUGCAUAAACAUUACAAACAGUUUGGAACUAUGGAAAUGGCUAAAAGCAAUAAGCCAGACUUUUGCCUAAACCAAGAGAACUGGGAAUCAUUGUGUGAACAUUUUGCAUCACCUAAGUUCAAGAAAUCAAGCAUCACAAACUCGGGAAACAGGAAACUUGUGCGAGCUCCACAUAUUUGUGGUAGGAAGCCUUUCACUGUCCGAAGACAAGAAAUUUCUGAACAGGAGCUAAAUGGAGAUUCUUGUGAUAGGAUUGAGCUCUAUAAACGAACUCAUUAUUCAGAAAAAAAUGGCUGGUCAUCUAAAGUGGCAGAAGAGAAUUGGGUACUUAUAUACUAAUCUGAUCCUUCAUAAUCAACUCUAACCUGUUUUGUUGGAAAUAAUUUUAAUCUACUUGUUAUUGAUAUGUGCGAUUAGGAGUUGAUGAAAAAGAAACAAGAACAAUAUAAAGAAGAAGGAUGUGACAA